AUGUCCCUGAGUCUCCCGGUAGGAGCUGCGGUCAACUGUGCUGACAACACCGGAGCCAAAAACCUGUAUAUCAUCUCCACGAAGGGGAUCAAGGGACGGCUGAACAGACUUCCCGCUGCUGAUGUGGGGGACAUGGUGAUGAACACAGUCAAGAAAGGCAAACCAGAGCUCAGAAAAAGGGUAUCUUCAGCAGUGGUCAUUUCACAACAGAAGUCAUACUGGAGAAAAGGUGGCAUGUUUCCUUAUUUUGAAGAUAAUGCAGGGGUCAUAGCAAACAAUAAAAGUGAGAUGAAAAGUUCUGCCAUUACAGGACCGGUAGCAAAGAAGCGUGUAGACUUGUGA